AUGAUGGUUUGGAUGGCGAUUAAAUUCGGUGAGCGGCCUGUCUGGCGGUCAACAUCCGACACCAUCAACAGCAAGGUGUUCAUUGCAAUUGUCAAGGAUGCUUUCGGCUACAACGGCAUAAGUCGGCGCCGAAUGGAUACUGUAAUUUUGCAGGACAAUGCACCUGUCCACCGCUCUAAAGAGGUACGAAUUUGAUGCCGCUUGCAAACAUAAUCUAACAUUUUAGACAACAACCACGCUCUCCGCAAUUGGCCUCCAAACCAUUUUCAUCCCGGCCAACAGUCCCGAUCUGAAUCCAAUCGAAAAUCUUUUUGGAAUAGUCAAAAGAAAUUGGCACAAAGCUAAGAAGACUCUUUCAAUGCAGGAAAAAUUGGAUUUCAUACUCAAUAAUUACAUUUUACAAUCCACCAUAGAUAACCUUGUCAUGUCUAUGUCGGACAGACUUUCUGCUGUUAUUAAUUCGAAUGGACAAUCUACAAAGUACUAAUUUUUUGUAUCUGUUUCUGUCCUUAAUUAUUUUUGAACUUUUAUGCGCCCUCCUCCUUUAUACGUCCUCAUACGUAGCCUUUAUUAACUUGCUUGUAAUAUAGGCGUUUCUCGAUAAUGUGACUUUUGUCGAAAAUUAUUUAUUUUUAUCUCAGUAAAUAAUAUUUUCUUAACCAAACUUUGCUUUAUUUCUUUGGCACAUCGUUUAUUUUCCGCUAUCAGACUUUGGGAGCCGUAGUGUUUACCGAUUUUGCGUUAAAGGCGUUAACCUGUGUUAAUUCGUGACAUUUCAUGAGUUAGCACAGGUACUGUAGGUGAUGGUUGAUUAAGUAUCCCUUAGCUGAACGUCUCAGAUUACAACAGAACCUACUACGUCAUCAGAAUGACACUUCACAGGCCGAAUGUGAAGAGACUAUAAUUUAGUCUGGAGACACAGAAGCAUGUCUUAUCUGAUAGACUGUCCUGGAAACAGUUACUUUCUCGCCGAUUCUUCGAUAGAUACUCCUAAUAAACAUGGACAUUUCCCUUUCGGUGGUUAUUUGGGUUCUAGUUAAGUUGAUAAUCGAGGGAACUGCUGGAGAUUUUGCAAUUAGAGUUUAAUAUUAAUAAGGGAGAUGUCUAAAAAUGGGCUUAACCAAUGAGAAAGUGAGACGGACGAUGCGUCAGUGUGUGGGCGUUAUUUGAACUAAAAAGAACGAGUGAAAACAGUGCCCAAAAGCAGAGGGCAACAUAUGUGCGCCUAUGAUCAAGGACAGGAAGGGAAAUACUGCUCCUAUCCGUUCGGAAAUGGUAAAAUCUAAAAUUUAUCCACAUGAACACUGUUGCAAAUGAAUGACACAAUGUGUUCACUCUGACAACAUCGAGCAAGCCCUAUUGACGUUUUUUUUAACCAGUGGAACUGCAGUCUGUUGUUGAGCUCCAGGGGUAAAAGGCACAGAUAAGAAACUAUCGAGGUUCGGGAACUGAACACACACACAUCUCACGUCAUUUAACUCAAAGCAGAGAUAGGGCGCUGUAUGAAAAUGAACUAUGAUCCUGUAAUUAGCCCUGUCAUUGGUGUGCGGAAACUGCUAUCCCUGCAUCGACUCAGGCUGCGUUUGUGUGAUCUUCGAUCAGUACUGCUUGACUGACUCCAUCGGAGCAGAGAGUACCAAUUGCGAGUUGGCUGUCAUUAAGCCAGAUGUGAAGGAAAUAAGGAUGCCCAUUGACUACGUCUCCAUGCAAAAACCACAUUAAGAAUUCAGCCUUUAAGUCGCCUAGACAAUUAUUUGGAAUUAUUGGAAAAGCUUGUGACGACACUAUAAUUUGUCUUUUGAAUAAACUCAAGUUAAAUGUACCUGUACGUUUGGGUCGCAUUUCCUUUUCCAAAAACAUCACCUUCUUAACAAGAGCAUCUGUGGAGUGUUCACACUGCCAAACUAGGCUGCAGCUGGUAAAGUAUUUCAAAAGUAAAGCAAAUUUACUGUCUGUGAACUUAAUGGGUAAAGGAUCUAUUUUGACUCUGGACUGGUCAGUUGUAAGGAACUCGGUAACAAGCAAGGGCAUUGAUACGACCAGGGCUCUAAACGCCUGUAUUUCAAGGCGCCGGUCAAGAGUCUUGAUUCUGAUUCAUUUGUGCUAAAACAACCGCAAAACCUGUUGCAACAUCUAAAAUCCACAAAAUCUUAAGCCACGAUCUGAUUGCCCAAGCUUGUCUUCCAGGCAGUCAAACAGAAGGCUGCCACUUGACCACAUUGCAAGUUGAAUUAAGAACUGUUUUAACGGGUCCGAAUGAUCCGGUUGAUCUCCCACCUUUGAGAUCUGGCAUUCCAACCAUCUUCAGUCUGACAACUACUUCACCAUUCCGUAAUCAGCUAAAGACUUCAGCCCACCUAAACACAUUAUUAUCCCUAAUGGGUUAAAUGUAAAUUUUCAAUCCCUUAUAGCCCUGGACUCAAAAUGCUCUAGAAUAAUUACUCUGAGUAAAUUGUAUCUUUCAAAGAGUGUUGAAUACUCCCUUAUUCGGCACUUGAGAAGAAACAUGGAAGAGAUUUCCGAUAGAAUGUAGUUUAGGCAGUUCAAAUCCCUAGAAGUGUGUAUAAGCACAGUUUGUUCCAUGUACCAUGUGAAUUAUGGAAGGUAUUGGGUACAGAAACAUGUGUAUACUCCCGAAUACUGAAUUCAGAGAAAUUACAACGGUGAUAACAUAUUGUACGUCCCCCAGAGGGGGGAGGGAAAACACAGGAACAGAAAAACCCCCGCCCCCUAAUGCGAGCGGUCUUGUGCAAAAUUCCAGGAAGGGCGCCUUUUCCCGUGUUCUAACCGUUUUACUAACCCUAACCCAAACCUUAACCGUAACGCCACCUUAAUCUGAUCAAUGAAUUUGCUAGAAGUAAGCACACACUCCCUGUAUUGCCAAUCAUCCCUGUUCGGGGGGAGGGUAGGAUGACGUAAAAGCAACACUCACUGCCACAAGUAACAGCGUACCUACAUGGUGCCAAAUGCGCUUUGGAUCUACCCCAACGCGUUAUAAUUCACAACUCAGAAAGUUGUCAACAGACGACUGAGUGCCAUGAUACAAUGACUCCUUCUUGAUGCGACCCUUAUGGUACUGUCACUUACGUGAGAGCGGGAACCCCUGAAUGCAAAUUCGACUUACGUGAGCAGGUCGUAUUUUCCGAGUUGUCUAGCCUUGUGAGUCCCUGUGCCCGCCUGACACUUUCGUGACAUAAAAAGGCGAUGGCUGUGGAGAAGGGAGAAUGAGCGAGGUGAACGCGAUGAAGAUUUGCUCGCCGUAGCCAAAUUUCCGUGCAGAUUAUCACUACCUCAUUCGGAGCAGCAGUCGGUCCAAUUGCUUGCAAGAGUUGAAACAGCAGGUUUCCAGAAACAAGGCUGUCGUGCAAUGGAACCUGAAAUCUUUUGUUUUGCAUCCCGCAACUCUGCAUUGACAGGCAGCAAGGAGAUGACAUUUGUUGUCUACAAACUGGUGAUAGCUGAGAAUGAGAGCGUACCCAGGAUUGUUGUGAACAGAGAUUGCCUCAUAGUUGCAGGACGUUUUGAGUAUCUGAGGGCCACCACGACCUCAAGAAGUUUCAAAAGUAACAACGUAUGUCGAAAAGCCUCAGGAGGGCUAACUAUGCUUGAUAACGGGCCCAUGGCUCAAUGGUAGAGUGUCAAACUCCAUGACCAAAGAUCCCGGGUUCGAAUCUCAAGUGAUCCACACUUGGGGUUGUGUAUGACUGGCUGAUGACGGCUAAUAAUCCAGAAACGGGCAUUUCGGUCUACGAUAUCUUUGUCGGCAUCAUAACCUCGUGGACUAUACUGGUUGAAUUCACCGCGACAUCUCGUCAAAAACCAAAUGAUUGCUACAAGAGAUCACGGACGUGACAACUGGGCCACAGAUACCCGGAUAAUGUCGGCAACAAACACAUGCGUGCAUGUCCACUGAAACUGAUUGCCUUUAGAUGAGGCGGACACGCAUUGAGGGUGACUUGUGGACGCAGGAAAAUUCAGAGACCGUAUCCAAUCUCUAGGUCUAAAUUAAGAGACCUUGAACAUGAUCAGUAAGCAUGAUGGACAGCUGCUAAAAAUGAAACAGUGAAUUUUGAAGCCAACCAAUAAUAGUAGGUCAAACAAGAAGAACGUAAGUUUGGGAAGCCGCAUAUUGGAGUAACCAGGAUUGAACUCUUAUCGAAAAGACCCCAGUGCUAACGCCCGCAUUGGCCUUAAAGGACAUGCCAGCGUCAGAGGAUGCUCACAGGACACCAACAAACAGUCAGCACUGUUGGCGGAGAAAGCAUAUUUUACUACGAUGGUAGACUCCUGUCAUGAAGAAACAUAGUCAGAUAAAAACAAAUUCGUUACUGCGUGCCCAAAAAACUCAACUCUGGAGUCCCUGCAAGUCCAAAGAGACUCGUCCUCCUAGUCCACAUUGUAUCAGAUUAUUCAAGUGAAGUUUGAGCUUAUUUAGUAAUAGGCAGUAUGUUAUUACCGACACAGAAAAGAGAGACUGGAAUGGCCGUUUUUGGCUUAUUAGCCGUCGUCAGCCAGUCAUACCCAACCCCGAAAUUUGCAACACCCGAGGCUCAAACUCGCAAAAUGUUAGUUAGAAGUCCACGCCUCUAACUACUGGGCCAAGAACCCGUCGCCCUGUCGGUUUUGAUCGGAAAUAUACAAUGUUGGGGGCGCUCCCCGGUCGUUCUUACGGAACUCACUCUUUCCGUUGUGCCUUACGGGCUCUUUCUCGAGCAUAACCAGCAGCCGCACAUAAAAAAUACUGCCCAUAUCAUGUGCCGCUGUGCAGCUGAUGGUUAGGCUCGAAAGAGAGAGCCAGUAAGGCACAACUGAACGAGCGCGUUCCGAAAGAACGAUCGGUGAGCUUCCCCUACCAUUACUUAGUUAUAUUUGACAGUGUGACUGUUACACGCUAUGUCCACGGUGUUUGCCGUAGCAUUUUGAAGACAUGAAUUAUAUCUAGUGCUCCACCUCACCCCAUGUGUUUGCUAUCCUCAACGUCUUCGGCUGCUACAAUCUGCAGCCUUCUAUCCUCCCUAAUUUUGGCUUGAUGCGAGGCGGAGGCAGGUUCAGGCGCAAUGGGUCCCACAGCUAAACGAUCCAUCUACGCGAGACGAAAAUGAUUUAGUUCUUCCAUAAUGAACCGGGUUUUUCACAAAAUAAGGGAGACGGCUUGGAUCCCGGUCUAGUAAAAUUAAAAAUAGAAGUCACGUUCAGAAGGAGGCGUUGAGUCGUCUAUAUUCACAUGCAUGCCGUCUCGAGUGUUACAUUCAACGAAAUUUGCCAUGCGCCUCAUGAGUUGGCGCAACACAGGUGACCUGCACUUAAAUUUGUUUGUAGUGGGACCGACUCGCGGAGCGUCUACCACACUUCUUCUUUCAUCAUCGACCUUCCUCCGUUAGCAAGACAAUGCAAAAAUCGACCGAAGGUGGCCACGGAUGCAACGGUUAACAAUGCUUAACAGCCCAUUUACGCGCGAGACUUGGAUCUCGCAUUUGUGACAGUGCCAUAAAUGCUACAUUUGGACGAAACAACUUUAUCCUGGCUCUCAUCUCUAAGGAAAACCGAGGAAUUAUGUUAAUAACGAACUUCAAAACUAAGACCCUUGACGCAUUACGGCAAAUUCAACUGUGUCUCACUUAUCAUAGUAAAAAGUGUGGCGGCAUACCAAUAGAAUAGGUUCACAGCGUAAGCAUUACUUCCCCUUCCCUCUAUCAAGAACCUGUCGACUCCCCCGGAACUGUCAACCGUUGGCAAUGAGAUUGGGUGCACUGGCUGACGUGGCUUCAAGGCACACGUGCGGGGCGCGUUACCAUACGCAUGCAUGACAGUAGCCAGAGGUUUGCGUGGUCCGAGCGCCACAAAAAUAACGCGUAAGGUGAGAAAAUCCGACAGUGGAUCUGGUCCAGCGCAUCUGCUGUGCAUUCAGUUUCAGGUGUAGAAAAUAGCAUUCACACGUCACCCAUCACUCGAUAAAUGAGAGGCUACGGUUUGCAUGCUUACGAAGGUUUAGCUGCAGCAAACGUUGGCACACCAGCCGCUGUCUUUGAUCUCACUGUCGGUUGUGUUGACUCUGCCUCUGAGUCAGAGCGCAGUGAAUGUGCAAAGAAAGACUUGGGUAAACAGUACAUGGCUGCGCAUGAAUUACUUAUAGCCAACAUAUCUGGGUAAAAUGUUACUGCGAAUUUGGCGGUUUAUUCGGAUUUCGCUCGGUCGGUCAUAAUCUGGUCCAAACAUGAAGGGUAAAGAUAAUCCACAGACCACGUCUAUCGAUAAGCCAUAAACAAUUUAUCCAAUCAAAGUCCAUCACUCUCUAAUCACCCUGGCACCCUCAGUCGCUGCACAUCAUGGUGGUCAGAAUUGGGGUUGAAUGGAUGAAGCCAAGUCAGUCCCGAUGUGCCUCCAAGGCGGCCUGUGUGCAGUUUUUGUUGAGGCCUCAACUUCUGUUAUACCAUAUCGAGUUUGUCCUGGAAGGUGGAGCGUGACUGUUGGUUUUCACUGUUCCACAUUUGAAGCCUUUUCAUCAGGCAAGAUAAUCGAUCUAUGUGUGUGUCCCGCCCAAACGGGCCACGCGUUAGAUGCGCUGGAGCAACACGGGGGCCACAUCGAAUUCUGGCAGGCGUUAUCUCUGCACAAUAACAAAUACCAAAAUUUACGGGGGUGCGCUGGCAGACCCUGUUGUCGGUAGUCGUCGCGCAACUGGACCACUGCCAUCGCUCAACUGUUUUGGAGGUAAAAAUCCUGGUCAUUAGUUGUGUGGAUCAGGUGAUGCGGAGUGGAGCGGCAAGGUGAGGAUACGUCCAAGCCAUCCACUUGUGGCUUCCCUCGUCUUCGGUCUUCUUUACUCUGUCUUGACAACGGGCUCAGGCGGGAGAGGGGGAGAGAGUGUGGCAAAUACUGCACAAGUCCACUGACACUACAAAUUCCUGCGCAAGUCACCGUCCCACCACCCGUUGUCGGACAUACGGUGGAUAUCGUCGAACACCAUGGUCUAACUAUUGUGUGUGUAUUCGCGCACAAAUCUCCACUUGACACUGGGAACAUUAGUGGCCUUCACCAAGUAAUAUAGGACGAGGACAGCGGUUCCAACUGUUAGACGACCGUGUGCCUCGAGAUUCCGUGGGCAAAAACGGAAGUCAAAGUUAACUUCCGUUGAACCCUACGCAGGUUAAAUGACGGUUAUCUGGGGGAUAAUUCGCAUUUUACGAAGCUCUGAGGAGUGUGCUUCACGCUCAUGGGCUGCCAAGCGUUCCUGCGGCAAGGGGGUCAUUUGAUCCGAAGUAAGUGAACGCCACAACCGCCUCACGCCUUCUAAACAUCACCAGUAUCGCAGGUUUUGGGCUGUGACCACGAUGUCCAACGAUAAAGUGGUUAAUCGUAUGGAUGGAACCUUCUUUCGAUAAAUGGCCUAAGUGAAAUUAAUUCAUUAAUGUAUGGAAAGGACGCGUUUAAGAAGGAGCUGAGAUAAAACGCAAAAUCGUAUUGAAAAAAGGACCCAACGGUUAUAUCUCACCAAAUGCUGACAGGAAUUGUAGAAUGCAGUUUCCAUUUGGAAAUAUUUUUUUACCUGGGGUUGUGAUAAUGAUUACCUUGCUGCAUAAUCUCAUAAUAUUUCGAAUUCGACAGAAGGGUAGCUUUUGAACGGACUUCUUUCCGGCUGACGGCGAAAUUCGCGCUCGGUAAAAGGUGGUCAAUUAAAAAACAUAACGUUUCCCCCCGAUUUUCGGUACCCUUGGAAAAAUAAGUGUAUGUCUCAUGGAAGGCUUGCAUAAAAUAUUCUUUUUUGUGCUCAUUUGGCAGAAGAUCAUCACGUCUUUAAAUUUUGUAUUUACAGAAAAGUAUCUAGCGGCUUAAAAAGCGUUUCAAAUUAUGACGCCUUUUAAGGCCGUGCAAUGUCCAUUCAAAUAAUAUCGUACCUGACCUCAUAAGAUAUACACCGCAGUCCGAAUUCAAUAUUAAAUUUUGUUAGAGUUUUAUAGACUCUCCUCUUAACGACACAGGGGACAUGCUCCCGUUACACAGAGAAUUUAGAGAUUGUGGUCUAAAAACCCUAAACGCAAAUGUAGCGACAGAUUAAUCUUAGGAUUAUACAGAAAUUUAAAAAAAUUUUAAAACCAAAAUAUGCCUUUUAUUUCAGCCGCUACUGCAAAGAAAUUAUGUUUCACAAGUUGAAGACAAGCAGGAAGAUUUUUGAGCAUGUUUCUAUAAAAUAUGUUUAAAUUUAUAGGCCCAUUAUAAAUCAAUUAAAAUGUUUUAUGUUACCUAAAUGAUAAUUUUUACUGGGCGCUUUUUAUGAAGACCCCUGAAAAGUAUAUUCAGAAGUCAGCAUUCUGGUGAGUCUGUAAUACCUUGGGUUUAUGCUGUACGUUAGUAAAUCUUACAGUCCUACAUAAGCAAUCAUACUCAAUCAAAAAUACUUUUCAGAAUUUCGAUUGACAUUUCACGAGAUCGGUCAUUGACUGUACUUGAAUCCAUUAGCAAAGCUAGAGCAAGAGAGGAAGAUAGACUGAUAGAGGUAGGAGUACACGUGUUGCAUAAAUGACGUAACAGGUAAAUGAGGAGUGACUCUUAAAUAUCCUUUUUAUUACAACAAUAGCCUUCCAAAAGCGCGAAAAAUUGCUGACCAGGAGAUCUUUCACGCGACAUCAUUUGAGUUUCAGCAGAUUUUGCUAACUCGUCAUGCCGCUUUUCAACAGAGGUUCUAUACCGCGGAAUGCAUUGUUUCCUCUUAACAAGAAAUAUGAUUCAAUCCCCGACCACUAUCCACAUUCCUUAACGGAAAACCUCUUUUCUCACGAGGGAGUAGAUGAUUAAGUUGGUCAUUAAACCAUUAACACCAUUCAGUGACAGAACAACCAUAACAUUGCCCUUAUCCAUUUACUUUCGCAAUCGAAGUUUCUUAGUUUAUUUGGUCGCCGGUACCGGCAGGCGUGAUGCGAUGACGGUGACUUAUUUGCUGCAGGUAAUGAGCAUGAGGGAAUAAAUGGUUAGAACGGUCACCAUACCGUACUCUUGGUAGAACAGACAGAACAACCAUUAUAUUCAUUUUAUCGAUUUACUUUCUCAAUCGAAGUUUCUUAUUUUAUUUGGUCGUCGGUACCAGCAGGCGCGAUGGGAGGACGGUGACUCUGUUGCUGUGGGUAAUGAGCACUCUCUUGCGAUUGUGAUCACUUGCUCUGGCAUCUCAUGGAAACCCCUAGGGACUAGAUAUGUCCUGAGCAUAAAAUCGAAGAUCAAGAGGGGAAUAAGCUGGCAAAACUUCACUUUGAUCCCCGCUCUAGACUUUUUGAUAAUCGCCAUUUUACCCUAUUAUGAAUUAUAGGCCAUGGCCUGCAGUGGAAAGUCACACGAUGUCUAGAGUAACUAACCCAGAAAGCUAUCAGUUGAAGAUGGCGUGGGUCCGGCCCCGGGCCCAGGUGAUGAGGGCUACUCGGGCGCAGACCCGACGAAAGAUCGCGGAGCCAAUGAGGAAUAGGAAAAGGAAGAUGGAUAUGAUGAUGAUGAUGAUGAUGAUGAUGAUGAUGAUGAUGAUGAUGAUGCUGAUGAUGAUGAUGAUGAUGAUGAUGAUGAUGAUGAUGAUUAUGAUGAUGAUGAUGAUGAUGAUGAUGAUGAUGAUGAUGAGGGUGGAAAAAGGACUGGAUGCGUCUGUCCUGCACGUCUCCCAGCCAGAACGGUGCACCAGACACACGCUUUCACAAGAUGCUGGUGGAAGGUCAUCGCGUCUGCUGAUGACUCCGUCGGUUCAUUUGUGAUAGGUGGUGGCUGUGACUGCAGUACCACCAAUGUCGCCACGCUGACUCGCACUCGCGCCUGA